AUUUAAUCUUACUGAAAAAUGCCAAGGCAAAUUUUGUAAACAUCUUCUUACAGUUUUUUUUUGCCAAAUUACAAAUAUGUACUAAUCUUUGAUUUAAGUCCCCUUAUCUACAACCAAUAAACAUGAGCGGUGCCGUUUAUGGUGGAGAUGAAGUAGGUGCACUAGUAUUUGACAUUGGUCACAAUACUGUCCGAGCCGGAUAUGCAGGAGAAGACUGUCCAAAAGUAGACAUCCCAACUACAAUGGGGGUCUGGCUAGACUCGGAAGAUGAGGUAUCAGUACCUGUCACCCAUUAUAACAUUGGACUAUGUGCUAUACAUGUGUGGAGACCAGAAAUGGAACUAAGUUCAUUCCUGAAGGAUGGCAUGGUAGAAAACUGGGAUAUGUUUGAGAAUUUCCUGGAUUACAUCUAUUUCUGUGCCCUAAAAGCAGUUCCAAGAGAUCAUCCCAUCCUUCUCAGUGAACCACCAUGGAUCACUUCACCUAAACGGGAAGAAAUGGCAGAACUCAUGUUUGAAAAAUAUGGAGUGCCAGCAGCAUAUUUGGCAAAAAACGCUAGCCUAGCUGCAUUUGCCAAUGGAAGACCAACUUGUUUGGUUCUCGACAGUGGGGCUACCCACACCUCUGCUGUUCCAGUACAUGAUGGUUAUGUUCUCACACAAGCAGUGGCUAAAUCUCCUGUAGGCGGGGAUUAUCUCAGUGAACAGUGCAGAAUAUAUUUACAAGAAAGAGGUAUUGAGUUGGUACCUCCCAGUUUUGUAGCAUCAAAGGAGGUGGGGAGGCCUGAAGAACCACCUAACUGGCAGAGGCGAGAUGUGCCUUAUAAUUUGACAGAUUCUUGGUUUGCCUACAUGAUUAAGGAAGUAAUGCAAGACUUUCAAGCAACCAUCCUGCAAGUCUCAGACAGUUCCUAUGAUGAGGAAAUAGUAAAAACCAUGCCUACAACCCAUUACGAAUUUUCUAAUGGGUACCACAGAGAUUUUGGAAUUGAAAGAUUUAAAAUUCCAGAACCUUUGUUCAACCCUACAAAUGGACAACCAAUUUUGGGUGUAGGCUCUUUGGUAACAACCAGUGCUGGGAUGUGCGAUAUGGAUAUAAGACCUUCCAUGUAUGGCAACGUAGUUAUAACUGGAGGGAACUCUUGCCUUCAAGGGUUUACUGAACGAUUGAACCGCGAUUUAGCCGCCAAAACCCCUCCGAGUAUGCGUCUUAAAGUGAUCAGCGCACCAGGAGUUAGCGAAAGACGUUUCGGUGCUUGGACUGGAGGUUCCAUAUUGGGCUCACUGGGUUCCUUCCAACAAAUGUGGGUCUCCAAGCAGGAAUAUGAGGAAGGUGGAAAAGCGAUUGUUCACACAAAAUGCUUUUAGUUCUUCUAGUUUGCAUUUUUGACAAUAAUUUCCAUCUUGUAUUAUACCAGUUUUAAUUUUUUUUUUAGUUUAGCUGGUGAGAAAAGAGGAAAUUACUUAGGAUUAAGGUAGUUUUUAAUAUUUGGAAAUUUGAGACUGAUGAGAAUUCGAAUGAGGUUAUUUUACUUUUUGAUUAAACUUUUUCAUUUAUUUCAAUCUGACGUGCCAUUUAGAGCAACUUCAAGUAUUUUAAAUACCGUUUAUUAUUAUUUAGGUAGUAGUAGAUGUUUAGUGAAGCCAAUUUUCAUGAAAUAUCAAACAUAUUAAUGAAUUUUUAAGGUGAUAAUUAAAUUACACAACAUUUAAUUCUGAUGUAUUAAACAUGCGUCUUUUGUGCAAUCAUAUUUUACCAGUAUUACCCCCACCAUACAGAGCAACUGCUAUGGUCAAUGUUAAACUAGUGUUUAAAGUAGUACUAGUCAUGUGAGGUUGUCCUCCCUAAAACAACUAUUCUUGAUCUCAAAAUUAUUUUUAGAAAAUUCGUUUUGUUUGUGAUAAUGACCAGUCUGCCAUACUUUUAUUUUAAGUAAUUUUAUUUAUAACAUGGUUCCUGUGUUCCCAAACACUCUUGAUGUAUUUCUAAGCAAUUUUAUCAUUCUGAAUGUGCCAAUAAAUAAAAUUAUAAUAAAGAAAAAA